AUGGGGCGUAAUUUUUAUCAUAAUAAACAGAUAUUUUCAUCGACCAUUAAUCUUAUUCCUGUUAACAAAAUAAAAACAAAAUUUCCUUAUUUAUUAGGCGGAAAUAAUUUAGAAAAGGCUCCUCCCGGAAUCAUACAAGAAUUUAUUAAAGAACACAAUGGGCAUACAGUAAUUACAAAAAUUUUAAUAGCAAAUAAUGGGAUUGCUGCAGUAAAGGAAAUUCGUUCUAUUAGGAAAUGGGUUUAUGAAACAUUUGGUGACGAACGAGCUAUUCAAUUUACUGUAAUGGCUACUCCAGAAGAUUUGAAAAUUAAUGCAGAAUAUAUUCGUAUGGCUGAUCAAUAUAUUGAAGUGCCUAGUGGUCCUAAUAAUAAUAAUUUCGCGAAUGUAGAAUUGAUUGUUGAUAUUGCUGAACGAACAGGUGUUCAUGCUGUUUGGGCCGGAUGGGGUCACGCUUCAAAGAAUCCUCAUUUGCCUGAAUCACUCGCAAAAAGUAAAAACAAAAUUGUGUUUAUUGGUCCUUCAGCCUCUACAAUGAGAUUUCUUGGUGAUAAAAUAUCAUCAACUAUAGUAGCGCAGUCGGCAAAUGUGCCAACAUUGGAUUGGAGUGGUAGUGGUAUUACUCAAACAGAAACUGAUGAGCAUAGUAAUGUGGUUAUUCCCAAUUGUGUUUAUGAAUAUGCGCGCAUUAAAGAUGUAGAAAAUGGUUUAAGUAAAGCGAAAGCUAUUGGUUUUCCUGUAAUGAUUAAAGCUUCAAAAAGCAGUGAGAGUAAUUAUAUGCGAAAGGCAACAAAUCCUGAAGAUUUUAAACAAGCUUUCUUACAAAUGCAGAGUGAGAUUCCUGGUUCACCAAUCUUUAUUACGAAGCUCGUAGGAAAUGCUCGUCAUUUGGAAGUUCAAAUUCUCGCAGACCAAUAUGGAAAUGUUAUUUCGUUAUUUAGUCGUGAUUGUUCUGUACAGCGACACCAUCAUAAAAUUAUUGAAGAAGCACCAGUUAUUAUUGCAAAGCAUGAGACAAUUGAGGCCAUGGAAAAGUCUGCUGUACGACUAGUCAAGCUUGUUGGUUAUGUUGGUGCAGGCACAGUUGAAUAUUUAUAUGAUAAAGAAAAUGAUUUUUUUUCCUUCUUGGAAUUAAAACCAAGAUUACAAGCUGAACAUCCAACUACUGAAAUGAUUUCUGGUGUUAAUCUACCUGCAGCUCAAUUGCAAAUUGCUAUGGGUAUCCCACUUCACAGGAUUCGAGAUAUACGAAUUCUCUAUGGAUUAGCACCUCAUGGCACUUCAAAAAUUGAUUUUGAUUUCUCUAAUCCAGAAUCACUGCAAACUCAGAGGAAACCUGCGCCAAAAGGACACGUGAUUGCUGUGCGAAUAACUGCAGAAAAUCCUGAUUCUGGAUUUAUGCCAGUUAGUGGAAUGGUACAUGAAUUGAACUUUCGAAGUAACACAAAUGUGUGGGGAUAUUUCUCUGUAAACUCUGCGGGAGGUCUUCACAAAUUUGCUGAUUCCCAAUUUGGCCAUAUUUUUGCAUAUGGUGAGAAUCGUCAACAAUCUCGUAAAAAUAUAAUUAUUGCACUCAAAGAGCUUUCGAUUCGUGGUGACUUUCGCACUACUAUAGAAUAUCUAAUAAAGUUAUUAGAAACUCAAACAUUUGAGGAAAAUAAUUUCACUAUUGAUUGGCUUGAUAUGUUGAUAUCUAAUGAAAAUCUUACCGUAGAACAGCCAGACAAAAUGCUUGCAAUAAUAUGCGGCGCAAUUACAAAAGCUUACAUUGCAUCACAAGAAUCCAUCACCAGAUAUAAAUGCUUCUUAGAAAGAGGUCAAAUUCCUAGCAAUGAUAUUUUGCGAACUACCUUCAAUAUCGAUUUUAUAUAUGAGGGUACAUUGUAUAAAUUUAUUGCAACUCAAUUUGCCCCUGAAUCCUUCAUGCUUUACUUAAACGGCUCCAAGGUACAAGUAUCGAUUCGUGCACUUUCAGAUGGUGGCCUUUUGGUAUUGCUAGAUGGCAAGAGCCAUACAUGCUAUUUUCGUAAAGAAGCUCAAGGAACUCGAUUGAUGAUUGAUGAUAAAAAUUGUUUGCUUGAGCAAGGAAACGAUCCAACUCAACUUCGUUCUCCGUCUCCGGGAAAACUUGUAAGAUUCUUGGUUGAGUCUGGAAGUCAUGUCAACGCUGGAGAUGCGUAUGCCAAGAUUGAGGUAAUGAAAAUGUAUAUACCUUUGAUUGCUGCUGAAAGUGGUGUUGUACGAUUCGUAAAACAAGUAAAUGCGAUACUUGAGACGGAUGAAAUUAUUGGCAUUCUUACUCUUGACGACCCAAAUCAUGUUCGUCAUGCGAUUUCCUAUGAAGGUCAACUUCCUAUUAUGAAUCCUCCAGUCAUUAUAGGUGACAAAGUUCAUCAAAAAUAUGCUCAUGCCAUACAUAUUAUUACGUGUAUUUUGGAUGGUUAUGAUAAUCAAGCAAUGUUACAAAAUAGUAUCAAAGAGAUAAUUGAACUUUCAAGAAAUCCAGAACUUCCAUAUUUAGAAUUUCGUUCUAUUCUAUCGACUCUUUCUGGAAGAAUUCCAAUAAAACUCGAUUUAUCUCUACAAAGUGAAACAGAUCAACGAAACCAAGAAUUUCCCGCACAACUUCUUAAACAGAUUAUCGAUAAUUACUUGCGUGAUUUUGUUGCAAAGACUGAUGUUACUAGUUUUAUGACAUUAAUAAAUCCUUUAUUGGAAGUUAUUAAUAAAUACAUAUCAGGAGUAAAAUAUCGUAAAUGGAAUGAUAUUAUUUACUUUCUAAAUAAAUAUCAUGAAGUUGAGAUGUUAUUCUCAGACUCUGAUAAGACUGAAGAAGAAGUUAUUCUUGCUUUACGUGAUAAAUAUAAAGAUGAUUUAGAUAAAGUGAUUAGUAUUGUUUUGUCACAUUCCAAAUGUAGUUCAAAAAAUGACCUUAUUAUACAUCUGUUGGAUCAAAUUAAACCUGAUAAUUUUGGGCAAGCACUCAAGUUUUUUUCACCUGUCCUAAGAAAAUUGGCAGAACUUCAGGGAGAAUUUACAAAGAGUGUUUCGUUGAAAGCACGUGAAUUGCUAAUUCAUGGUCACCUACCAUCAUAUGAAGAACGUUAUGUACAAAUGGAACAAAUUCUCAGAGCAGCAGUUAUGAAAUGUCAUUAUGGUGACGAUGGAUAUGACUAUCAUGCUCCUAGUCAUGAUUCUCUUAAGGAACUUAUUGACACUCGAUUUGCCGUAUCUGACGUUCUACAAAACUUUUUUUAUCAUCAAGACGAACGAAGCUCAAUCGAUGGUAGUUUUGAUAAUAUUCUCUAUAUUGCCUUAAGGCCAGGUGAUGAUCCGAUAGAUGACGAAAUUUUGAAAAGAGAUUUACAAUCUACAAUUAAAUGUCAUGCAGUCGAGCUUCGAGAGUAUAAGAUUAGACGUGUUACUGUUAUCUUAUUUCGAAAAGGUCAACAUCCCGGAUAUUUUACUUUUAAGGAGCCACCAAAUUAUUUAGAGGAUUCAACAAUACGUCAUAUUGAACCCGCAAUGGCAUAUCAACUUGAACUUUCAAGAUUAUCAAAUUUUGACAUUAAACUUUGCUCUAAUGGUAAUCAGAUUCAUAUUUAUUAUGCAAUUGGCAAAAAGAAUCCUUCAGAUUGCAGAUUUUUUAUUCGUGCCUUAGUUCGUCCUGGUCAUUACCUUUUCUCAGAAACUGACCGGCUUUUAAAUGAAAUUUUGGAUAUCCUUGAAAUUUGUAGUUCAGAAUAUAAAAAUUCUGAUUGUAAUCAUUUGUUCAUAAAUUACAUUCCAACAUUUGUCUUGGAACCACGUCAAAUUGAGGAAGCUGUUAAAAGCUUUAUUGAAAGACAUGGAAAAAGAUUAUGGAGAUUACGAGUUAUUGAUGCAGAAGUUCGAUUCAAAGUAAAAGAUCCAAUUCAAGGAAAACAAUAUCCCCUGCGAGCCAUAAUAAAUAAUUUUUCUGGAUAUGUUGUUAAAGUAGAAACUUAUCAAGAAGUUAGAACAGAGGGUGAUAAUUUAAUACUUAAAUCAAUUGGAAAAAUUGGAUCUAUGCAUUUACAACAUACGCAUGUUCCUUAUCCAACAAAAGAACGGUUACAACCAAGACGUUUCAAAGCUCAUUUAAUGGGUACUACAUAUGUUUAUGAUUUUCCAGAAUUAUUUCGCCAAGCAGUUCACACACAAUGGAAUUAUGCUAUUGUUAAUUGUCCGGAAUUAAAAUGCCCACAAGAUGUAUUAGAGGCUAAAGAAUUAGCUUUGGAUGAAAAAGGACAAUUACAAGAAGUUGUUCGUUCAGCAGGUAGUAAUACAUGUGGUAUGGUAGCAUGGUUGCUCACACUUUUUACACCAGAAUAUCCUAAAGGUCGUAAAAUUAUUGUAAUCGCAAAUGAUAUUACAUAUCAAUUUGGGACAUUUGGUUUUGUUGAGGAUCAAUUUUUUACCAAGGCAACUGAACUUGCUAGAAAGUUGGGAAUUCCAAGAAUAUAUCUUUCCGCUAAUUAUGGAGCCAGGGUUGGAUUGGCAAAUGAAUUAAUGAAUAAUUUUAAGGUUUCUUGGAAAAAUGAAAAUAAUCCUAGUGAAGGUAUUAAUUACUUAUUUCUUGAUGCCGAAACUUACAAACAGUUGAAUCAAAAUGAGAAGAAAUCUGUAAUUGCUGAGAAGCUAGUUGAAAAUGGAGAACGAACAAUCCAAAAUGAGGGACAACCUAUUAUACUUACCGGUGCGUCAGCUUUAAAUAAAGUUCUCGGUCGAGAAGUUUAUAUGUCAAGUUUACAACUUGGAGGAACACAAAUUAUGCAUAGAAAUGGUAUCACACAUCUUACAGCUCAAAAUGAUCUGGAAGGUAUUACCAAGAUUAUCCAAUGGCUUUCUUAUGUUCCAUCAGCUCGGGAUUUGCCAGUACCUAUAUUUGAAAAUUCAGAUACUUGGGAUCGAGAUAUUGAUUAUAUACCACCUAAAGGAUUAUAUGAUCCACGUUGGCUAUUGGCAGGCAAAUAUGAAGCAGAUAAUUGGAUCAGUGGAUUUUUUGAUCGAGAAUCUUUCUUAGAGACAUUAGGUGCUUGGGCAAAGACAGUGGUAGUCGGUCGUGCACGUCUUGGUGGAAUUCCCAUGGGAGUAAUUGCAGUUGAAACACGUACAGUGGAGCAUAUAAUACCUGCAGAUCCAGCUAAUUCGGAAUCACAACAAGAAAUUAUUAUGGAGGCAGGACAAGUUUGGUAUCCAAAUUCAGCUUAUAAAACAGCACAAGCAAUAAAUGAUUUUAAUAAAGGAGAACAACUCCCUUUAAUGAUAUUUGCAAAUUGGCGAGGAUUUUCAGGUGGUCAACGUGAUAUGUUUUUAGAGAUAUUAAAAUAUGGAUCAUAUAUUGUUGAUGCGCUUAUAGAUUAUAAGCAACCAGUUUUCGUUUACAUAGUGCCAAAUGGAGAACUUCGUGGAGGAGCAUGGGUGGUAGUUGAUCCAACAAUUAAUGAAAGUAAGAUGGAAAUGUAUGCAGAUGAAAAAGCUAAAGCAGGAAUUCUUGAACCGGAAGGUAUUGUUGAGAUAAAAUAUCGAAAUGCACAGUUAAUUUCUACAAUGGAACAAUUAGAUGAAACAUAUAAAAAACUUAAAAAAUCAUUAGAAGAUCCUUUAAAAACAGAGGUAGAGAAAAGCAAAAUUGAAAUACUUUUAAAAGCACGGGAACAAGAGUUACUUCCAGUAUAUUCUCAAAUUGCUUUACAAUUCGCGGAAUUACAUGAUACGCCUGGUAGGAUGAAAGCCAAAAAUGCGAUUCGCAAGAUUUUGGAAUGGAAAAAUGCUAGAAGAUUCUUUUAUUGGCGUGUAAGAAGACGUAUACAUGAAGAAUAUAUGUUUAAAAAAUUAAUUAACAUUAAUCCUAACUUUACAAGAAAUCAAAUGAAGAAAUAUUUAACGGAAUGGUUUUAUAAUGAUGUUGGGACAGAAUUUGAUUGGGAAGAAUCUGAUUUUAAAGUUGCAAAAUGGAUUGAUGAAAUGCUUGAAAAUUUCAGUGAUGAUGAAAGAAACGAGGGUAAUAAUAUUAUUAAUAUGAAAUCUAGCACUAACAAAAAGGAUUUAAUAAAUUUAAGAAUCAAAAAUAUUAAGAAUGAAAUGAUAACAAAAAAAGUAGUUGAACUAGCAAAAAUAAAUCAACAGGCUGUAAUAGAUGGAAUAUCUAAAAUAUUAGGAAGUUUAGCUUCGGCGGAAAAAACAAAUAUUUUGGAAAAGUUGGAUAAAACUUUAAAUAAUUAG